AUUAUCGUGAAGUGUGUGUUGAAUGAAAUUUCGAAAUUCGAAAGUUUCGUAAGUGCUGUACCAAAGUAGUAGUGUUUUAUGGCGAUACGUGUACCGGCUUGCAGGCCGCCGGGAUAUUAUUAAAGUGCAACCAAAAGCUGUAGGCUGCCUAGAGGUGAACCCAGUCUGAAAGAGCUGAAUAUCGGAUAACAACCCAUGCAUAAUCGAGAGAAAUCGCUUUAAUCUGCCCGAAUAGAUUGUGCUGCAUACGUGCCGUUGAUUGAAUUAUUCAUGAAUGGCAAUCGGUGGUGAGCUAAAUCUCAUUGAAAUCACAGCUAAAUGCUACCAAGUGUUCCAAAAAUAUGUUAACGGAAAAAGCUUUCAGCAUCUAGAACGCGUGUUACCUCCCGAUGAGCAAACUGCGAUGGGUUCAGUCACACGCUGGUUUUUAUCGUACAUCAUCGCCAACAGCAUCGAGUGACACGAGAAGCAAGUGAGAUUACCCUGUGUCGAAGUGUGUCAUCAAUCUUCGUAGUUGACUACGACGACGAAAGGUUAAAGUGAAAGUUUGCUCCUUGAAAAGUGUUUCAUCCGCAAUUUAAAGCAUGCCUUUGCAUCGUUGCCAGUGUCGUCGUCGACGUCGGCGGUGAGGAAUGCUCGAAAUUCGAUAGGACCUCACCAUCCAUCGGUAGAUCGUGUUGCACAUUCUGAACGGUAUACAGGGUUGUGUAGUGAACUCCGUUUGAAGGCGAAGAAAAUUGUACUGCUCCAAUAUCCAUCUAACCACACGCCCGUAGCAUUUGGGGUGAAGCAUGCUUAACGAAAAGGAAGAUGAUCAGGAAAUAUGCAAAGCGCCAUCACCGACACCGGAGGAAAGGAAACUCUCCAAGGAUGCCGACAUAGAUCCGGUUGGGUCGCAAAGAGUAUUCAAGAAGACCUCAUCGAACCAGCUUCUGACUCUGUACCUGGGUAGCCGGGAGCUGGUAGCGCGCAAGGGAGUUAUCGAACCGCUGAGGGGUGUUAUCUACAUCGAUCCGAAAAUCAUCAACGACACCAAAAUCUACGGCCAGCUAACGUUGACUUUCCGCUAUGGGCGCGAGGACGAAGAGGUAAUGGGUCUAAAGUUUUGUAAUGAAGCCGUCAUCGCCUUACAACAAAUAUGGCCAAAGCCCAUCGGCGGAGAACCAGAAGUGCUAACACCGUUGCAGGAAGCUUUACUGGAUAGACUGGGAAAAAAUGCAGUUCCUUUUUCGCUGGAAAUUGGCACGCUGGCUCCUCCGAGCGUGCAGCUACUACCAGCGAAGCGAUAUACCGGUGCACCCAUCGGGACCAGCUACGAUGUACGAGUUUACACUGCUGAGUCCACCACGGAUGAACGAGUCCAGCGGCGAUCCACCGUAAGGCUAGGCGUUAGACUUAUUCAUAAGAUCUGCCCUGACUCGACGAAGGCGUCCGCACUGGAAACGGCCACCGUGAACAACUCGUUCUCAGUAAGCGACUCCAGUGGCAUUGGACCAAAGUCACCUCCAAUUGCGGUGGAUCCACCGAGCAACAGCAGUAGUAACGCCACCAAUCCAACUACCCCGACCAGCUCGGUGAGUAGUGCCACCAAUCCUGCUUCCUCUGGUGGUGGUGGUGGUGGUGGUGGCGGCGGCAGCAGUAGCAAUAACAGUACCAUACCACGUGCGCUGAGGCUGCGGCUUUCGCCAAAGUCUCUCAAGCUAUCGACCCUCCAUCGGCACAGUAGCAGCGUCGACAGUACCAACGGUGGCAUCAGGACAUUCGGCGAGCAUGGGUUGAUUGAACUAACGGACGUGAACAAGGGACCGCAGCUAUCCGUGGACAAACCAUUCCUGUGGGCCGACGGGCGUGUCAAUCUGAAAGCUUCGCUCAACAAAGCGGCGUACGUACACGGGGAAAACGUUACAGUAACGCUCGACAUCAAGAACGACAGCCGGAAAAUUGUGCGGAAAAUUCGGCUGGUUGCCGUUCAACAUGUCGACGUGUGUAUGUUCAGCAAUGGAAAAUUUAAAAACAUCGUUGCCGAGGUCGACGUUAGCAAACACAUCGGACCGGGUGAUACCCUACAUGCCUCGUACUCGUUGCUUCCGGUUAGAGGAACCACUAAAAAUUGGAUCGCCGUCGAAGGUGCCUUGUUCAGCAGCAGCUACAACGAUCCCAGUUCAUCGGCCUACAAUUCGAAGCUGGCCACUAGUGCACCCCGGGGCAUACUACCGGCUCUCUCCGCAUCGGAUGAGAAGAACGUGUUCGCUAUCUAUGUUUCCUAUUACGUUAAGGUUAAGCUAAUACUCAGUAGUAUGGGAGGAGAGGUUUCUCUCAAGUUGCCGUUCGUACUCGGCAACGUGGAAAUAAAUGACCCUACCGCUUGUUCAACAACGCUCAGCGGACUGAAGAAGCUCCGCGAAAUGAGCAGAAAGUCCAGCACUGUUACCAGCAAUGGAGGAAGCAGUUUAGACAUUGUGCCACGAUCGCCUAUAACGAAGGAUAUUAGCGCUCGCGAAUCGGAUGACGACCAUGACGAUAGCGAUCGAAUCAAUAGAAUUACGGAACUAAACAAUCAGAACAAACGAAUGCCAGGCCGGUCCAUAUCGGUUGCCUCUCCAACCCGGAUACCUCUAGUCAAGGAUAACGGAAUCAACAAUCGGAGGGAGCUAUUCAAAAAUUCCAAAUUUAACGACAACCUCAACAGUACAAUCGAUGUGAUCACCGAAGACUUUCAAACCAUCACGGCCAACAUCAGCAAUCUGGUCAAGUCAGACUCGAGUAAAUCUAACCUCAACGAAACCGGUCCCUGCCAGCAGGAGAUUAGCGUUGAGGCUCAGAUCCACUGUCCACAGCUGACGGAUGAUGGCCUUGCCCAGAAUUGAUCAACGCAAGCCAAAGAUUGAUUACAAAGUAGUGAACAACUGUUGUUAUAACAGUAUGCAUCCACACUAUUAUAGCAACCUAUAGGAAUUGUAUCUGUAAUUUCUACCUUUUACCAAUUUCUCAACCUGCUGGAUGGCGUUGAAUGUUUAUAUAUAUACAAAUCGGAAAUAGGUUUUACCAAACACUAUUUAUAUAGACUGUAGCAAGAGACUCGUAGCCAAUAUUUAGGGCAACAAUUUGUCACUAUUAUAUACAGGAGCACCCUAUUUGUGAUGUCACGGAUAAUUGGAAAUUUAAAAUGUGUCUACAUCUGUUUUGUAAAAGUUAAUCUGAAACUGGUGAUUGUCUGCUACGGAAUGCCUACUCACAGACGAAUCACACAAACUUCGUUAUAUCGUCAAGCGUACAUAGCAAUGAAUGAAUGAAUGGAUGUGGAAACUACCUAGACCGUAAAUAUAUAAGUUUUACUGUAAUACGUUGGAAUAAAUAGAAAGAGAGAUAAUUUAAUGAACUACAAAUACUUGCAUCGUACCAAUUAGUAAUCCUGUAUACAGAGAUUCGCGGAAAUAUUAACAAAAAGUUUGGCAACGUAAAUUGUUGUGUUUGCAAAAGCUGCCAACACUUACCAUGGAGCAAAAUGUGUCAGCUGUAUGCGCGACUUUAUCGUUCUCUAUGCUACGAGUUUGUUAACGAUGUUGGAAUUCUCAGUGAGCUGGUGAACUAUUCUUCUUUAACUUUUGAAUACUAGGGGAAAUGCAGGUAAUGUCGGCCUAAGUGUCCCUAAUUUGGGCCCAUACAUAAAUUCAGCAAUCGACUAAAUUUUCAAUAGCAACCAAAAAUAUCGACGUUACCCAAAACGAACAUUGUGUAGUACUAGAAUUUUGACUGGAGUGGGGUACGUUAAACGAUUUGCUUGGGACCAAUAGGCUAGUCAAGUAGUGAGCCAAUUUAAAAUCGUUAAUUUCGUAUUGAUUGUUGGUUAAGCCCUUAUGAUUCUGAAUGAUAAAUUAAAUUUUGAUUGUUUUAUAAGUGAAAAGGAGACUUUUAAUU